UGCACCGAGGUGCGGGGAGUGUCCCGGGCUUCCAGCAUUCCCAGUUUGUUAAACAAAACAGUAAUUAACAGCAGCAGCUGAGGCGGCUGUCCGCCCUGGCCACGCUGCCAUGCCUCUUUGGGGGCUCCGGGAAAGGCUCGUGAAACUCCAGCCGCGCUUCUCCUGCUCGGAUCGCCCGGCCAGUAAAUGACUUAAAUUUCACUGUACUGAAUAGAAAGGAGCAAGUCCUCUUAUCUGCCUCUGCAUGGACACUUGGACUUCUUUUUUGGGGGAAAAAAAAACCAAAACCAUUUCAGAUUCAUCUCUUCUGAGUAAAUGAAGAAAGUGACUAUGAAGGCACAGCAUCUGCCUUCUGUUUUCGUCAAUGAAGAGAAGUUCGUAACCAGAGAGCAGCUCAGUUCUCUUCUGAGGAAUUAUAACUCUUACUAUUCAGACCAAGAGAAUCUGCAACUGACAUAUAAUCAGCGGGAAGGAAGCGCCCCAUUCAUUGAAGGAAUCCUCUCGAUAUUCUGGGGCGUGCGACAUCCGAUCCGAUUAAAGAUUCAGGAUGAGAAGCAGAUCCCCUCUUUUGUAACCCUGAAGUCAACGGAGAACGUGGGGCUUUUCCCUAGCAAAAGGGGAAUGACUCGCUGGGGAGAGUUUGAUGACCUCCAUCACAUCAGCGGGGACACCCUGAAAUCUCCUGAGGAACAGCCAGACCUCGAGCAAAGUUAUCCGUGCUGUGGAAGUCACACGCUGAAGGCCAGGAGGGAGCAGGAGCUGGACUGUGCCACCCUGCCCCGCACCAGCAGCGACGCCGCGGCCGUGCGCAGGCGGACCAAGCUCCCCACCAUAACCAGGACAGAAGUGGAAACUCACAGGUUCUCCAUCAAUGGCCACUUCUACAACCACGAGACAUCGGUGUUCACUCCGGCUUUUGGGUCGGAAACCAAAAUAAGAAUCAACAGCCAGAUGAGGACCAGACAAGUGAUAGAACAGUUGCUCCGGAAGUUUAAGAUAGAAAACAGCCCCCACGAAUUUGCACUUUACGUUAUCCAUGCGUCUGGAGAAAAGAAGCAGCUGAGGAGUAGAGAUGUUCCCUUGCUGCACAGGCUGCUGCAGGGGCCCUCUGAGAAGGCUGCCAAGUUCUUUCUCAUGGAUGGGGACGUGGAAGAGGUCAGCAGUGAUGUUGCUCAGUACAUUUCAUUUCAUCUUCCCUUUUUGGAAUCCAUUCUGCACAGAAUAAAUGAAGAGGAGGAGCAGGAGAUUCAGCAGACAACUGCAAGGUACAUCAGAGAGAAGAGGCUGAUACAGCAGCACCUUCGCAGUCGAAGUGUGAAGAAAACAGAGACCACGGUGUGAUGGGACAACGCCGGGAAUGCCGGAGGGCUGUCCUUGCUGCCUGCUGGGGCUGGGACUGAGCAGGGCUGCAGCCUCCCGGAGUGCCCAGUGGGACAAGGCUCUCCUCACCAUUAACUCCUGCAGCGCUGGGGUGCAGGCUGGAAGCAGCCGCGGAGAUGCACUACAUCAGAUGCUGGGUCUGACUUGGAACAUGGGAAAAACUCCCCUGAAGAGCCCAAGGCUUUGAAUCCUGCUGAUGUGGGACCUGGCACCAAGAGGCUGGCAUAGAAAAAUAACCAAUGUGCUGGUAGAAAAUACGCAGACUAGGAAUAUGGUUAUCCCUGUGUUAAAGAAAUAUUGCAUUAUAUUAGCAGGAAGCUUUUCAGUAGAGCCAAGUGGCAGAAGAUAUUUAUGUAUUUAAGACUGCAGGUAGAAUUUCCAUUUAAGUUAUGAAAUAUCUAUGCAAGAUGCCUGAGAUCCACUGGCUUCAGGCUGGUGGGUGCUGAAACUGCUUAAACUUUGAGCUGCUGUUAGGAAAACAUAACUGGAAACUCUCCCCCUUAGGAGCUGCUCAGCUCUUAGCAAUGACAGGGAAUCUACUGCUGAAAUACCUCGUGAACUGCAAGG